GUCACCUCUGAACCGCUCCUGCUUGCUUGACGUCCAGGACGCGUCUUCUGCAAAAUGCGAUGAGAUGAAAGCUAUCCUCUCCAAAAACCACAUCGCCGCUACAUUCGUGCUGAUUUAACUCUUUUUAGGUGUUUUUCAUUCAGCGGGGCUUGCAUGACAGUACGCGGGUUGUGAAAGGCUUUUGAGCGGAGCGGGGAGUUCAGCUGCAGUGCCUAUGGAUUGAUCCAUGCCGCUGGAGCCAAAGCCAAAGGACCGAGGCUGCGGAAGCUAGCGUUAGCCGGCUAGCCAUGGAAGAAGACUGGGAAGCCUGUGACUUUCUGUUGCUGGUUACCACCCCGUAAAAUGAGCUGAUCGUCGUUAUUCUCAGUCCAGACUCGGCUGUCAAAAUCAUUUCUUUCUAAAUCAAGUGCGCCAAUACUAUGCUGCGCACACGCCCUCAAUAUGUCAGCUGUCCUGACUGUACCGCAGAUAUCCAGUCUGGUUGGCUAUCAUUAGACAAAUCCCAUCCCAAAGUCAGAUUUUUCACUCGCAGGAGGACUGCUGGUCCUAAAAGCCUUAACCGGUCUUGAUUUAAUUUAAAUUCUAAUAGAGCUGAGGUCUCUAAUGCACUAUCAGAGGUGUAAAAAUCAUGUUCUUUGUCUAACAGGCUGCUCACACCAACUACAAUCAGACAGAUCUACUUUGAUUUGCCUUCCAGGUUUAGUUUUGCCCUAAACUAACUGCUAAUCAAAAGCCUUUACGUUUGCCUUGGUGAAAGCUGCAGACUCCCUGCAGCAGAGUUUGAGUGUCAGUCAGAGCAGAGAGUGAAUCCCUCCCUCAGUUGUAUGGGAAACAGUGUAGCUGGCUGCAGGACUGUUGUAGGUCGUAGGCAAUGGGAGGCUCGGUGUCAUGCUGCAUCUCUCCCGGAGAGAGUCCCAAGAUCCACAGGAGGGAGGUGGAGCUGGAGGAAUGUCCCAUCACCACCACCGAGGACGUGAGUGAGGACACUGGGACCUACCUGCAGCACAUCAGCGACAGGGAGCUCCCCGAUGAACUGGCCCAGGAAGCCAACCCAUCUGACCAUCCCAGAGCCAGCACCCUGUUCCUCAACAAGUCCCAGACAGAUGUCCGUGAGAAAAGGAAAAGCAAUUACCUGAAUCAUAUGUCCCUGGGCCUGCUGACAAAAAAGUACAGUUCCUGCUCUACAAUAUUCAUCGAUGAUAGCACAGUCAGCCAGCCCAACCUAAAGAGCACAGUCAAAUGUGUCACAUUGGCCAUAUACUAUCACAUUAAGAACAGAGAUUCAAACCGCUCUCUCGAUAUAUUUGAUGAGAAGAUGCAUCCAUUGUCGAGAGAGAAGGUUCCAGACGAUUACUCGGUCGUGGACCCAGAACACAAACUCAUCUACCGCUUCGUCCGAACGCUCUUCAGCUCGGCCCAGCUCACCGCCGAAUGCGCCAUCGUCACCCUGGUGUACCUGGAGAGGCUGCUGACCUACGCCGAAAUGGACAUCUGUCCCUGUAACUGGAAGCGCAUCGUUCUCGGUGCCAUUCUGCUGGCCUCCAAGGUCUGGGACGACCAGGCCGUGUGGAACGUCGACUACUGCCAGAUCCUCAAAGAUAUAACCGUGGAGGACAUGAAUGAGAUGGAGCGUCACUUCCUGGAGCUGCUCCAGUUCAACAUCAACGUCCCGGCCAGCGUCUAUGCCAAGUACUACUUUGACCUGCGCUCGCUGGCCGACGACAACAACCUGAGCUUCCCCCUCGAGCCGCUCAGCAACAAGCGGGCCCAGAAACUGGAGGCCAUCUCCAGGCUGUGUGAGGACAAGUACAAGGACCUGAGUAAAUCGGCGAUGAGGAGGUCCCUGAGCGCGGACAACCUGGUGGGUGUGAGGCACUCCCAGGCUGUGCUGUCUUAAGUCCGGGACAGCCAUCGUAAAUCUGGCAAGAGAGAGAGGAGAGAUGGACUUGGAGCCAAACUCCUGGCGGGACUGCCACAGCCAGGAAGCUUUCCCCAAAAGACGUUUUCACUGAAUAGAUCAUGGCAGUAAUUGAAGAGUUCUAUCCCAAAAGUUAAAUGUCCACUUUGCAAAAUGGCAUUACGUGAAGUUUCUCAUUCAGCAUCUCUUAAAAUAUAGUUGAUCCACUCUCUGAGCGUGUCCAUUACAUCAACAGACAACUUCCGCUACCUGCCAUCCUUUAAAAAGAACAGCAGUUUGGUUUAAUGUUUUGCCAUCAGUGAUUUGAAGAGUCGCGGUCAGAUUUUUGAAAUGUCGGAUGUCUAAUUCUGGAAUGAAACGCUUCAAUUCAGCAUGUGAAGGUGCUCACUGAAGCCACACAAACUGAGGACCUCAUUUUUUUUUUUUUUUUUUUAAUUUUAAACAUCAGCCUGUCUUUUUGGGACGUCACCAUGAUCACUCCUCCUCUUCCCACCAGCUGUACCCCUCCCUCACCAAGACAAUGGCCGAGCAUCUUGAACUACCCUGUGGUGUAGUUCUGCACAUGGACAAAGAACAGACUGUUUGCUUUUUGCUUACUAUGUAGGCCCUUAUAGCUGUGAAAUGUAUGAGAUUUUAUUUAAUUCAAAUAAAUUUCAGUCGCUGUAUUUAAAGUAAAGGCUAAAUAAAUGAGAAAAUGAGU